AUGUUCCUCAAUUUCAUUCAGGAAAAAAGCACGGAAAUUCUUGCUCUGAUAACGAUGGCUAGUCACGACAACGAUUUCAAGCCAACUUUGACGGAUAUUUACGAUGAAUUGGUCAAUGACAGCUCUACCGCGUCACUACUAGAUCCGCUAAACGCAUUACAACCUCUUCUCGGUAGCUCAGAGAAGGUCGCGUCGAAUAUUCUCGAUCUCAUGGGAAAAUGCUGCAACGCAAUGGAGAUUGUCAUUGGCGUACAGGAAGCCGUGGAACAACUGGAGCAUCAACUCGCCACUGAUAUCGACGAUGAGCAGGUCGAGCCGAAUGGACAACUCUUGAUGCUAAUCGGGAUGUAUGCCGCAGCUAUUCCGCGUCUCAAGUUCGGGAAGGAACCCGUGAGUGAAACCUUGAAACCUAUUGUGAUAGAGCUGGCGUCUGCGUUCCGUCGUGCAGGGCUACAUAGCUCUCGGGAGGAAGGAAGUCGGAUCAUGGAAGCUACUGCCGACCUCGUAGUAAAGCUAGACUCAUGGGCAAAAAUGCAGCCGGAUGCGCAACAGGAUGAGAUAGCAUCUUGUCGGAUACUGUAUCAGAAUCUUCUCGACAGCACCGUCAUGUCCUAUGGGCAGUGUUUACAGACCUCGCUUGCCACGAGAACUUUCACAAGAUGGUUCCCACGAUUGAGCUUUCGUUCUGUGCCCGGUGCAGGAUGGCAGGAAGGACAGAAUGCCAUCAAUGCGGUUUUGAACUCGUAUAAUCUCAUUGGCUUCUCGGCCAAGGCCCUGGCUUCGACCCCUUCACUAUGUCACUUCGUUCUUCUCGCUCACUGCCAGGACGACUCUCUCAAAACUAUCAGAACGCUAUCUACAAUGCUACCCAUCAUUAUCAAUUGCAUACGAGCGAAUCAUUUCCUAGAUGAAUGCGUUUCGUUCCUUCUGGACGUUCUCUGUCCCUACCACGCCGAGAUAUCUGAAGAUAUAUCGAUGCCACUGUGUGCUGUCCUGCCAUCCUUGGCUAGCACGCACCCCGACUCAUCUCUCCGUCACCAGACGUUUCGCGUCCUCUCAUUAAUACUGUCAUUGUCCCCCCCUCCAUUUCGGCUUCAAGUCUUGAAAGAUCUCUGUUCGACAAGUGACUUUCCUCAGAUGAGAGUUGCAGCAGUGGGCCUCAUGAAGGAAGCCGUUCUGGAAGCGUUCGGGAGUCACGCACCUUCCUCAAAUCUUUUUGCCUCUCCACGAUUCUUGCAGGUCCUUGGACCAAUAUUGUUCCGCCCCAACCCGCCUGAUUUCUUCUCGUCGGCGCCUUCAUUGACUGUCUUGGAAGACUCAUCUGAACCUACGCGACUUGUCGAAUGUCUCGCCUUGCUUUAUGUCCUCAUUCUACAAGAUAAGAAAAAUCAGACUGGCAUCCGUGACCGAGACAAUUUAAAAAAUAUUGAUCGUCAACUUCUUGAGCCAAUUCGGAGGACGCUGUCUGUCUUGCUGAAUGACCCCGACGUCGCGAAGAAACAUGUACAUGCGGUGCUUCCCCUUGUUGCUCUCAAUGUCGGGAUUGAGAGGCUCGGCGAAACAAUCAAGAAAGAAGGGCUACAUACUUUCAAUUAACGGUACUCUGUUCACAAGCACGCUGUUUGACGAACUUUACAUAACAGCCGGUGGGCCCUUUUCCUGUAGCCAUCAUCCCAAGCUGAUGAUGAUACAGUAGGCGCCGAUAGAUAGACACAUUAUUUUUGCAGUGUAUUAUCUUUUCAACGAUACGAAUUUGAUUGUAGUACGUAUCUACCCAAUCCCCGUCUUCCAUGUUCCUCAUCAUGAUGUAGCACUGUUUUAGACCGCAACAAGAAGAUUUCGACGAACAACGCAUUAGAUGUGCAUGAGACGCGUCUCCACCACCGCUGAUUGAUGAUAAUGGUUGACAAUAUAUAUGACAGGGUCUCGCUGUUUUGACUGCUGCUC